AUACUUGUCCUCUCCGUAUCGUAUUUGCUGAUGAGAUGAUCUAACUAGGAAUAGCCAAUCUAUCUUCGAGCAUGCCAUUCGUCAUGGCGUAUCAUCGAUCAGAGGUUACUCCUGUUGCUCCGUCUUAUUUUCACUGGUUAUCUCUCAGCAGUAUUCGGCGUCUCGCUCAAAUACAAGAUCGACAAUGUACUAGACGACCAUACACCUUGGCGUAUCCCAUUCCAAUUCUCGACAGUGUCCUUCUGUAUACAAUGGGGAUGGCAUCUAACGAACGGUGAAAACAGCUUUGGACUGCCAUGCACCUUAUUUUCCCGAAGGCGAUCGAGAUCAACCCAGAUGACUGCCACGGACACCAAUUCAGAGCUCAUAUUCUUCGCUGUCUUUCCCCACCAAACAAGGCAUGUUGUCCUAUUCGUCGGUUCUUUUUCAGCAUGUUCUACACCAUUGCUCACGUAUUCCCCUUCAUGAAUACGUUGAUUUAUUGGGGUUGUCUCGUUCCUUCUGGGCAUGGUGGUUUUAAACCACCUCAUAUGCCACAUUCUCAUACUGGCUACCCGUGCGGCAAUUCAACGGCCAAGUUCCCCGAUAAGGGGCUGUUCGAGCUGGAACCCAUCGACUCGUUUAGCAUCAUCAAUGUCUGGAGUAUAACGUCAAUCAUUGCGCUCAUCGAGAUAAGUUUUCUCAACAGCAUUCGCCGACAAACUCCAAUCACGGCUCAUAUAGCCGGAGUUAUGUUCUGUAGCGGUGCGUACCUCGGCUGGGCGGGGCUUGGGAAACUCAUCACUGGCCAUUCGGGGCUCUUCUUCCUCGACCCUGAGAUCAUGCAUGAAAUGCCAGAGGCCAUUGUUGCAACGUGUAUCGCCUUUGUUGCCGUAUCUCCCGGAGUCUUUUCAUACGUGUACGGACUCAUCGCGAUGCGCGAGACGAUAACCGCAAAACCAUCUUCGUCUACCUACUAGGUAGACACGUCGUGUUAAGCGGGAGGCCGCAUCUCUCUCUCUCUCUCUCGGAGGUGAUCCGAUUAGUUGAUUUUCUUACAAUAAGACUGUCAAUGGUCUGUUUUCAAUAUGGUACGUGUGCAGAUAUGAGCAUGGGAAAUGGACGACUAGAGUAGUAUGCGGUCCCGAAGAUAACUUGAAGUAGGCCACAGUUGCGCUGUGGUUCACAGGACAAGUUUGAAUGAGUAACUGCCCACUGUCCGGGUGGUGGAUGAGAAUGAGAUAGAUGGUGGUUUCACAGGACAACCUAAAAUGAGACAUUGAAAU